CAAUAAUUGCAUCUCGCUAAGACCCCACACUCGAGAAAUCAACUACCUCAACAACACUCCAAACUUCACGCAUUCACACCAUCACCAUGUUCCGUCAACAGAUCACCCGCCAGGUCCGCCUGUUCAGCACCACCCCAAUUGCGCGCAAGAGCCCAGUAGAGACCAUCAAGGACGCCGCCAAGGCUGUCGACAAGACUAUCUCUGGUGCUGCCGUCAAGGGUAUCGAGACCGGUGAGAAAGCCGCCGAGGCCGUAAAGCAGGCUACCCCGUCGACUACUGGUGAGGCCAAGGGCCAAGCGAACGAGAUUGCUGGCCAGGCAAAGGGCAAGGCGAACGAGGUUGCUGGACAAGCCAAGGGCAAGGCCGCAGAGCUCCAGGGCGAGGCCAACAAGAAGUUGUAGAGCAGCUUUCGCAAAUUGAGGGAGAGGGUUUUGGGCGACGUGUACUCGAUAUAGGCAUGAGGAUGAAUAGCGAUCCACAGCGCCUUCAUGAUCCAUGAGCUGGCAUGAAUUGAAUG